AUGGAAGCACCGCAGGAAGAGUGGAAGUCUAUUUGGACGCAGUUAUACAGAGGUAUGCUUCGUUUUCUUUUCAGGAAAACUGGUCUAGCUGUAAAUAACACCCUUUAUGGUGUAACACCAACCUUAACUUGGAUUAAAGUAAAGGAUUCCUGUUCCUCAGAUGCACAGAUCUUAAGCUGUAAUGUCGAAGUCUUGGGAAACAAAUUUUUUCCAAGAAUAGAAGCUGGUGUUAUUUGUGCAGAUGUAGCUGAAAACGUAUUAGAAAUAUAUAAUGGAAGUUGGUAUGGAACUGUACGGUUUUUCCUGGAAAAUGAAUGGGGAACUUUAGAUGCAGACGGUUGGGGACAAGAAGAGGCAACUGUUGCGUGUAAACAACUUGGAUUUUCUUCGAGAAAGGCUUUGGCCGUACAGUCAGAGUUCUUUGGAUACCUGGAUUACAGAGUCUGGAUCAAGGACUUUAAAUGUACAGGGAACGAGCUAAAUAUUUUACAGUGUCCUUUGUCCAUAAACGGGUUUUCCGAUUACCGAAUAAAAGAUGCAGGGCUCAUUUGUCAAGACAGGGAGAGUUUUAUGGUAAGACUGGUUGGGAAUACUACUUCUCAAGGUGUUGUGGAGGUCUUCUUGGCGGAUAGAUAUCGAGAUUGA